AGACCUUCCACCAUCCACUGGUACCACCGACACUUCCAUCCCAGACAUCCUGUGAAUACGUGUCCAGAUUUUCUACUAGAAGCUAGCUGUGAACGUAACUACCAUGUAAUACAACGGUUUACUGCAUUUAACCAUGAAUAAGCCUAAUAUAAAAGAGAUUCAGAUAAAGUGACAACAAAUACUAAGACUGUUUUAGUGACGAGUACACUGAUUGUCUCAGAGUGACUACAAAUACAAUAACUUUUAAACAGUGACAACAAAACGAUGAAAACACAACAUUCGAAGCAACCAAAGGAAGUUUUAUUUCUCUUAUUUUUUGUCAUUUGGUUUGUAUUAUACACUGACGACCAUUUGAAGAAACCUUACCCAGAGCCAGCUGCAGUAGCACCACCAAGAGCAUAUUACAAGAGAAGCUGCUAUAACUACCAUACAAACCUUACUGCGCAAAAUAUCUGCUACAAGAUGACCAACUUCAGCGGCUCUCUUGCUCUUUUACACUCUUGUAUCAGACACGCUAACUCCGAGAUGCUCAACAAUGUUAAGGGAAUUAUAAAAAAAAAUUCCACUGCUGAUGGUAAUGGUGAUGGUAAUGAUGGUGGUGGUGGGUGGUUCAUCAAGGGGGUACACUGGGUCCUGGUUGGUGACUCCCACAUACGCUACCUCUUCAGUGCCUUCCUCACUCGUUUCAGGAGUCCCGGAAUCAAGUACCGCAAGUUACACACUCAGAGCUGGAACGACACGGGCGACAUAGAGAAGAUUUUGCGACUGAACGUGAUACAGGACAAAAUAUAUGUGCUGGACCGGGACAUCAACUUUCGCAUGACAUUCAUGUGGGACAAGUACCUGACGGUGCUGCAGGAGGCGAUGGAGGUGUGGGAGAGGCAGCCACAAGACACUCCCAACCUCGUCAUCUUGGGUACUGCCCUGCACUGGAUGGUGAGGACACAGCAAGUAUUCUUCAGUAAGGGAGCAGAGGCAGCAGCAGCCAUGUAUAGGGAACAUCUCAGACGUUUAAGACCACAACUGACCCGCCUCACCAAAAGAACCACCGUUGUCUUCAAACUGCUAGAUUAUCUCAAGGGUGUGUCGGGGGCCUGUAUGAGGGAUGACCCAAAACCCGCAGAUGAGUGCCCAACGGAGGAAGAUUUUGCUCCAUAA